CUCUGUGCAGACGCAGAAGCUCUCUGUUCGGGCUUCUCCGUUUCCCCUAAGUUUCACUUUCUCUCUCAUGACGCGGCCCCAGUUCUCAUUCGCACUGCGUGUUCGGUUUUCAGAGGCCAAAGUCACCGCCGUUCCCGGUUGUAAACUCUGCACCGACCCGCCCGGACUCUUCCCCGCAGACCCGAGGAUGCGGGUCGUGGCGCGGCGAACCCUCCUCCUGCUGCUCUCGGGGGCCCUGGCCCUGACCCAGACCCGGGCGGGCUCCCACUCCAUGAGAUAUUUCCUCACCGCCGUGUCGCGGCCCGGCCGCGGGGAGCCCCGCUUCAUAGCCGUUGGCUACGUGGACGACACGCAGUUCGUGCGGUUCGACAGCGACGCCCCGAAUCCGAGGAUGGAGCCGCGGGCGCCGUGGGUGGAGCAGGAGGGGCCGGAGUAUUGGGAUCGGGAGACGCGGAUCUGCAAGGACCACGCACAGACUCUCCGAGUGAACCUGAACACCCUGCGCGGCUACUACAACCAGAGCGAGGCCGGGUCUCACACCCUCCAGAUGAUGUUUGGCUGCGACGUGGGGCCGGACGGGCGCCUCCUCCGCGGGUACGUGCAGGACGCCUACGAUGGUGCCGAUUACAUCGCCCUGAACGAGGACCUGCGCUCCUGGACCGCGGCGGACACACCCGCUCAGAUCACCAAGCUCAAGUUGGAGGCGGGCAGUGAGGCAGAGCACAACAGAGCCUACCUAGACGGGGCAUGCGUAGCUGGGCUCCGCAGUUACCUGGAGGCAGGGAAGGACACGCUACAGCGCGCAGACCCUCCAAAGACACACGUGACCCAUCACCCCAUCUCUGACCGUGAGGUCACCCUCAGGUGCUGGGCCCUGGGCUUCUAUCCCUCGGAGAUCUUUCUGACCUGGCAGCGUGAUGGGGAGGAUCAGACCCAGGACAUGGAGCUUGUGGAGACCAGGCCUUCAGGGGAUGGAACCUUCCAGAAGUGGGCGGCCCUGGUGGUGCCUUCUGGAGAGGAGCAGAGAUACACCUGCCUUGUGCAGCACGAGGGGCUUCAGGAGCCCCUCACCCUGAGAUGGGAACCUCCUCUGUCCUCCAUCCCCAUCAUGGGCAUCAUUGCUGGCCUGGUUCUCUGUGUGGCUGUGCUGGCUGGAGCUGUGGUGGCUGGAGCUGUGAUCUGGAGGAAGAGGCACUCAGGUGAAAAAGGAGGGAGCUAUACUCAGGCUGCAAGCAGUGACAGUGCCCAGGGCUCUGAUGUGUCUCUCAUAGAUCCUAAAGUGUGAGACAGCUGCCUUGUGGGGACUGAGUGAUGCCCGGUCCCACUUUGUGACUUCAGAUCCCCUGACUCCUCUUUCUGCAGCUGCAUCUGAAUGUGUCUGUGUUCCUAUCAGCAUAGUGUGAGGAGGUGGGGAGACUGGCCCAGCCCUGCCCACCCUGACCCGUCCCCACCGUGACCUGUGUUCUCCUCCCUGAUCCACUUUCCUGUUCCAGUGCAGGCGGGGCUGGGCUGUCUCUAUCCCUGUGUUUACUUUGUGGUGCAUGGAGUAAUAAUGUUUUACUUUCCUACUGGAAAUAAAAUCUCUAUAUGAA